UGUACCUUCAUGCAGCAUGCUGUAAGAGAGGCAAAAUUGUGAACACCAAAUAUUCAAGCGACCGUUACAUUUCAUAAAGUGUAAUAUUAAUAUCAUUUGCAUAAAUAUUCAUCUUGUUAUUUAACUAUCGUUUACAAUUAAAUAUAUAUUAUGUACACGCUUGUAAAAUUUUACGACAAUGUACAUUAUGUAUGUCCUUCAAGCGAUGUUUUUAAUACUAAAAGUCGAGGUAUACAAGCAAAAUAUAGCAAUGGAUUUUGCUAUCCCGCAAAUGUUAUUGCCAAAAAUGAUGAUAAAUAUCUCUUGAAAACAAUUUGUUCAAAUAUUAACUUAAACAAACCAUAUAUACGAUUAGUAAGUAUCUUUGUCUCUGUUUCUGUCUCUGAAUUUUUAAAGAAUAAUUACCAAAGAAACAUUCUUACAUCUCAUACUAUGAAUGAUAGAUUGAGUACUCAUGAUGAGGAGAUUGCUAAUCAAGACCAUAGUUAUACGAUAGACAUUGAAGAAGAUUUAUCUUUUGUAAAUAGUAUCAAAAAAGAAACCUGUGAUGAUGAAAAUAAUCAAACUAAGAUAGAUGUUGACUUUAAAUCAAAAUCUUUUAUGUAUUCCGAAAAUACUACCAAGGUUAUGAAUGAUAGAAUGAGUACACAUAAUGAAAGGACUAAUAUUUUCAAUCAAAAUCAUAGGUAUAUGAUAAACACUGAAGAAAGUUUAUCUUGUGAAAAUAUCAAAAGAAGAUCUACCAAAAAGAAAACCUGUGAUAAUUUAAAAGAUCAGAACGAGAUUGUCAAUUCUUUAAAACCUGAGAAUUGCCAGAAAAAUAUAUGUGUGGUUACAUCUUAUAAAGAUAGUAACAAAAUGAACCGCUAUUGUGAUUUGAAUGCAAAUAAAGAGAUUAUCCACAUUCAAAACUCUUUACAUAAAGAAAACGUGACCUGUGCAAAUACUCUCGUGACAAUAAACUCUGACAAUGAAAGUAUAACCACCAAUAAGACAGAUAAUUACAAAUGUAAUCUUAAUUCAAGGAAAAGUACUACUCCGCUUGCGUCUAGUGAUAAUGAUACCGAUGAAGACUACGUACCUACAGAACAAAGGUUUUCUUCGCAUAAAUCUACACAAAGCUACGUACAAAAUUUGAACAGGUCUACAUCUUUAGUUUCAAGUUCGGACAUUUUGAACACGAAUAUUGGCAAAUCGAUAUGUAACGACGAGGUCAUGUACGUUGAAACAUCUAGUACAAAAUCAACGAAACAAAACUGUUGUGUUUUUUGCAACAAAUUACAAUCCCAACUUGCACGUCAUUUAGUAACAAUUCACAGUAACGAACUAGAAGUGAAAAAAUUCGCUGUGUUACCUAAACUACAUCCAGAAAGGAAAAAAAUAAUAGAAACUAUUCGGAAAAAAGGAAACUUUAAAUUUAAUACACAAGCCGAACUUAAUUCUGGACAAUUAAUCGUAAGCAGACGUCCAAAUGAGAAAACUAAUAAAACUGCUAUCGAUUUUAUAGCCUGUGUUAAAUGUAAAGGAUUUUUUGCAAAAAGCGCAAUACGUCAUCAUGCUCGAGUUUGUCUAAACAAAAAUUUUCAAAAAGAUAGAAAUGUUUUGAUUAUGGGCAGACAAAUUACCGGAAGACUUCAUUCUAUAGCAAAUGAAACUUUAAGAAAAACUGUUUUUCCUAUUAUGCGAGAUGAUAAAGUAACACGUAUUGUGAGAUACGAUGAAUUAUUAAUUAGAUAUGCUAAUAGAAUGUGUAUAAAAUAUAAAGAAUCACAUCAGCACGAUAACAUUCGUGCAAGGUUACGUCUUCUUGGUCGGUUUCUUCUAGCGUUGAAGAAUAUAAAUACAAAAGUACAAGAUUUUCAGUCGGUGUAUCAUCCUCGAUUAUAUCAUGACUGUAUUUCUGCAAUAAAUAUAGUUGCAAAAUAUGAUAAUAAGACACAAGUUUAUAAAACUCCUGCAGUAGCAGCUACCUUAUCAACUCUUCUUAAAUACUUAGGAAAUAUUCUUAUUACGGAAUGCAUUAAAGAAGAAGAAGAAAACAAGAAGAAAUUAGUUAAAAAUUUUGUAAAAUUACUUGGUGUGGAUAUUCGAACAAAUAAUAAAAUGGUUAAAGAACUGCAAUUUGCCCAUAAAAGACAUAAAAAAAUUAAUCUCCCAUCACUUGACGAUAUUAAAAAAUUACACACACAUUUGACAAAACAAAGAUUUGCAGCAUAUACAGCAUUAAAAGAAUCUUUUUCAUAUGAAAAAUGGGUCACAUUAGCUGAAGUUACGUUAACUUCCGUAUAUGUUUUGAAUAGACGUCGACCAGGAGAAAUGGAACGAGUGGAAAUAGAAAAUUUUAAACAUCAUGUAAAACUAAAUAACAAUAUGUUUGAUGAUAUAGAUCUUUAUGAAUCUUUAUCUAUGGAAGAUAAAAGAAUUGUUGAGAAAUAUGUGCAAUUUUGCAUCAAAGGAAAACUAGGACAAAAAAUACCCGUUUUAUUGUCAAGCGAAAUGUUUGACUGUAUUACAUUACUUUUGAAAUUUCGUAUAAAAGCAAAUGUACCGAAAAAAAAUCCUUUUAUAUUUGGAUUACCUGGUUUUGACAAAAACAGAUAUCGAUAUCUUAGAGUUUGUACUUUAAUGCGCAAAUUUGUGCGUAAAUGUAACAUAAGUAAGUCAAUUACUUUGCGUGGUACGAAAUUAAAACAACAUAUAGCAAAACAUUGUAUUCAACUUCAUCUGAAUGAUGAAGUUUUGGGUCGUGCGAUAGGUCAUGUAGACAAAAUACGUAAGAAACAUUACAAACAAGCAUCAAGCAGAGAUAUACUUCUUCGAUAUUUAGAAGCCGUACAAGAAAAUGAACAGAAUUCGGAAAAUGAAUCUGAAUCAGAUAGUGGCUCCGAAAAAGGAAACGUACAAGAAAAUGAACAGAAUUCGGAAAAUGAAUCUGAAUCAGAUAGUGGCUCCGAAAAAGGAAAUACCUUAAACCAAAAUAUUCGUAAUACUGAUGAAACAGCAUGUAACUUUUUAAGUAAUUCCAUGAAGUGUACAAAGCUAACAGAUAAACAACCUGGAAAACGAAAACGUAAUACAUCUCCGUAUGGAAAAACAAAAAGAGUAAGAUGGACAGAAGACGAAAAGCACACAGUGCUACAAGCGUUUGCACGACACAUCGAAAAUCAUACAUUACCGUCUUUACACGAAAUUCAGGAGGUAAAGAAGGGAUAUGUUUCUCUUGCUCGACGUUCUUUACCGCAAAUCAAAACGUGGUUACAUAAUCAACAAAAGAAACAACGACCAUUAUAAUCCACACGAUUGUAUAUAAAUCAUAUGUUGCACUAGUUUGAAAACAACUCUCUAUAUGUUAUACAAAAAUGCUUGUUUUAAAGAGACAUAUACGACGUAAGAUCUUCUUUGACUUCGUCAUUGGAGAUCAGAAAAGUACAAUCGAUUAAACAUCGAGUAAACAUUUCAGCUAAAUUACUUCUAUAAAUGAAAAAGUUAUAUGAGGUAUGAUUGCGCGCGGAAGACUUAAGAUGAUAUUUUUCAUUGUUUUUAACACUUUUUUAUCCGAAGUUUUUAUUUUUUUGAUAAAACUAAAAUAUA